AUGUCUUACCCGAACCCUCCGCCCCUCAGCCCUGGCGGCGGGGCUGGCGGCGCACCCUCAAAACGCGACAAGCGACGCACUGCGCUCCAGGAGCGGCUCCAGGAAUUGACGAGUCAGUUCAGCAAUAACCGGGACAUCCAGUUUCGCCAGCAGUUGCACGCCCUCCAGUGUGACAUGACUCUGAUCAACAAUGCUGAUCCUUACGUGACGGGACCGCUCCCGGACUCAGCGGAGAGCAUUGCCUCGCUCAUUGAGGAGACGAUUGGCGGCGGCAGCAAGUUUGCGAAAGAGAUGGCUGGCCUCGCUGGAACCUGGUAUUCCAGGUUUGUGCAGGAUGUUAAUGAGAUCAAGGAGAGGAGGGAUGCAGAAUUGGUUAAGGCCAUGAAUAACUACAACAACACCAUGGAACGACAACAGCGGGACCGUGAUUUCCGUACUUAUUUCGCUCAAGAAGAAUUCCGUCAUCUGUCUGCUACCCUUCGAGAGCGAUUGGUGCAGAAUAUCUCCGGAAAGCGCGCCCGUCUGAUGCGUGAAAAGGAGCAGCUCGACAUUGCCGACACGAAUGCCCUCCUCCUCCACCCCAACCAGUUCAGUAUCACGAACCCUGCCAGCCCUGGUGGUAUCCACGGCAACCGCAAGACCACUCGGCACACCCGUCACCGCGUUGACCUCGACGAGUUGGGCAACGGUUUCAUGUCCGAGUUGCACAAGCGCAAGCGGAAGGCUCCGGACGAGGACAAUGGGUCGCCUGCGCUGGACGCAGGCGAUGCUACCCCCGCGAAGCGCAACAAGACCGAGGCCGCAAAGGAGCAGGUGGCACCCGCCUACUCGAUUCACUCGCUCUUCACCGACAAGGAACUCAACGCACACGCAAACCAGGCACACCUGGCGGCUGUCCAUUUCUUCUCUACAUCCAAGCGCCCAGAUCACGGAACCGGCGCGGUGACGAAUGGUAACAAUACCGACGCGGAUGAGACACCCGAGGGCACAGGCCACGAAGAUAACGGCACCCCAAGUGCGGCGGAUAUGAUGCGCACGGCUAGUCACAAUUUCCAUGCUACCCGAUCUACCCGCACAACCGCCGCGCACAGUGCUCUGAGCGCCCUGGCUGAUCUGGCCGAUAAGCCCGCCACCCGCCCGAUCCUCCCCUACCACGUCCUCUCCAAUCACCACGCGCGACCCAACGGCAACGCGCCCCCAUUGACUGCCCUGAUGAACGAGGAAGUUGACGACGACUGCGCUCGCAUCAGCCGCCUCGCUGCCAAACCAUCUAAUUGGAUCGACACAUCUCUAGUCGAACUCGUGGCGGCACCUCUUCCAACCGCAGAGGAGGUCGAUGGUCACCCGUCAGAUCCUGCCAUCUUCAGCCAACUGCACCCGGAUUUCGCGGCCCCAAUGGGUGUCGACUGGACUCCUACCGUCUACAACCCGGGCUACGAGAUGUUCCAGCCUGCGGCCAUGGAACGCGAGCGCAGUCGCAAGCGUACCCGCAAUCACUGA